AUGGAGUUUGAGAAGGUGUGGGAGGACAGGAACCCGCGGAAAGCCUAUGCUCUACUAAAACAGUAUAGCGGCAAAAUGAAAAGAUGUUCUCCUGUCUCCAACACUGCCAAUGGAGUAGCCGUCGGUGAAGCAACCCUUCCAAUUUGGAGGGAACAUUUCAAGACCUUGCUGAACCGGCUAGCACCGUCAGCUCCUGAACUCGAGCACGUUCAUAGACUGACGUAUGCGGUUAACGAGUCGGAGGUUCUAGUCUGUAUUGAAAAAACGAGGAAUGGAAAAUCUGGUAGAGACGACGGGAUUAGCGCAGAAAUGCUAAAAUAUCUUCCUCCGUCUGAGAUUCGUGAAAUGACAAAGAUCAUACGUUCAGAAUCAUCGAGGAAGCUGCGUGUUAUGGACAAGGCUCUGGAUACGAUUAUCCUCGACCGACCUAUUGAACAUCGCAAAGAAAUAACGCGCGACGAGCAAGCUGGCUUUCGUCCUAGCCGAUCUACGAUUGACCAGGUGUUCAUCGUCAAGAGAGUGAUCGAAAUCCGGCAGCGAUAUUCGAAGCCAAUGCAACUAGCGUUUCUGGACUUUGAAGCCGCGUUCGACUCUUCUCACCGAGGCCGUCUUCUCAACGCGCUGUGCGCCGAUGGAGUGCCAGGAAAGUUCGUUCACUUGCUUUAUGACAUGAAUCAACGAACAACUGCUGCAGUUCGAACACCAGCCGGAUGUACAACACCGUUUGAAGUGGUAACUGGAGUAGGACAAGGGGCAGUACCAGGACCUUUCCUGUUCAAUUUCGCAGUCGACGACAUUAUGCGAAGAACAGUCGACCAGUGUCCUGCCGACAUUGUCUUAGCACCAUCAGGGUGCCUCUGA